GUUUUUUCAUCUUUUAGUCAAGUACUUAAAACUUCAAAGAGUUGUUUACAUUUGUACAUAAUUAGUGAGGUAGUCGGCCCGCGUGAGCUAGCUGUUUUCUGUUACUAUUAUUGUUGUUAACUUGUUACUUAUUUGCUGUAAAAAGAAAAGAAGAAGGAAUACAUUAAAGGGAGAACAUGUGUAUACCUCACCUUCUUUGGGGCACAGUAUCUUGAUAAAAUUGAGAUCUGUCUAUCAACAGUAUUACAUCUUAUGAUUAAAGUUGACUUCAUUUAUGACUUAUGGCUAACAAAACAGCUUCUACCUGUACAAGCACCCUAUUGAUGCUUGCUAUGUCUAGUCCUUAUUUACUUGUAAUCUAACAGAUUUAUUCAUUUAUUGAGUACGCUCCACAGGCUGGAAGAUGAAGUGCAUAAUCCACUUCCUCUACAUUUUGAACCGUUGCCAACAUCAAGAGAUGUGCUAUCUACAUUUCCUACUGCUGGAACCAUCUUAAGAAUGCGACUUGAUGUGAACUGCAGAACGGAUAUCCUUCAGUUGCUGAAAAUUGGUCAGCGGGUCAGAAAUUUUCAAUGCUUCACUCUCUUACCAUAUCCAUACAUGUCAGCAAUUAUGAUCGUCGAUCAAUACGUAAACUAGAUCGGAUGCCAUAUUGGAUUCAAUCUCCUGGACGCAGUUAACACAUUUUCCCUGGAACUUAUUGAAAUUUGUUUUUGAUGUUGUAUUUUUAAUUUUUGUAUGCCCUUGAUCAGAGGUUAACUGCAAUGAUGCGCCAUUUGUUACAUUGAUGGACCUUCUCACACAUCAAAAGGUAGCAAUGAAAUUCAGGUGUAUAAUCCGAGUUGAGGAUUUUCGAUCUCGUGGUAGAAUUUAUAGGGUUAGGUUUACCCUAGUGGAUCCAACUACCCGAAUCUAUGCUUAUGCUGAAGAUGGGGAGAAAAUUUUCAAUGCUUCAUCCACUGAUGCACCGAGACGGAAGCUAAUUCAAUUGCUUGGAGUGCCAUCAAAUGAUGGUGCCAGAAACCCGCCGUGGGUGCAGUGUUGCUUGAAGUUUCAUCCCGUCAAAAAGCGCAGUUGGAUAUGUGAUACAAAGCUUCUUGAUUAUCGAGGUUCGACUCUACUUGCUUUUGUAUGUAGCCAGCUUAGGUUAAGCUCAGGAGAAUCAAGGAAUUAGUUACUCUUUUGCUCUUGCUAACUGUUAUUUAU